AUGAAACCUAACUAUGUGUAUUUUUGGAUAUUUGGUUUAUUAAACAAUGUUCUUUAUGUGGUUAUUUUAUCUGCAGCUUUUGAUAUAGCAGGCCCUAGUUUACCUAAGACAACAAUCUUAUUAGCUGACAUUUUACCAUGCUUUAUUAUAAAGAUUAUAUCACCAUUUAUUAGUACGUCAGAUAGUAAAAACUCUUUCCUAAAUUAUAAAAAUCGUAUCCUUGCAUUAAUUAUUAGUAGCAUUUCAGGGAUGAUUUUAGUUUCAAGGGCCAAAGUUAAUCUAACGGUUGCUAUUAUUGGUAUUUGUAUGGCUUCUGCCUCUUCCGGUUUUGGAGAAACUACCUUUUUACAACUGACAGCAGCUUAUGGCAAUACUGCGUUACAAGGUUGGUCUUCAGGAACAGGUAUGGCUGGAUUAUUUGGUAGUGGAUUUUAUUUAUUAUUAACUUCAAUUCUAAACUUCUCCGUUAACUUUUCACUAAUAUUAUUUAGUAUAUUACCAUUGGGCUUUUUAUUGUAUUUUAAGUUACCAACUACAAAAACUUCAUCAUAUACCUUAUUGGAGGAAGAAAAUAUGGAAGAAAUUGAAAUAUCAGAUUCAGUACCUACAACAUUUUCUAAAAAUACUAUCAUUAAUACUUUAAAAAAAUUACAAACGCUAUUUAUUCCAUACAUGCUUCCAUUAACAACAGUUUAUUUAUUUGAAUAUUUGAUCAACCAAGCAGUAUCACCAACUUUACUUUUCCCCAUAGAUCCAGACCAAAAGCAUUUAUUUUUCAAAAAAAUUCAGAGAUAUGUAUACUACAUACAAUGCAUUAUAUCAGUUAGGUGUGUUUAUUGCAGAUCAACUUCACAUUUAAUUAGAUUAAGAAAUUUAUAUUUGAUAUCUACUUUACAAUUCAUUAAUUUGAAUAUUGCUAUUUCUCAAUCUUGGUUUUUCAUUUUUAAGAGCCCAUUUUGGAUAUUAAUAUUUAUGUUUUAUCAAGGUUUCAUGGGUGGGGCAUCAUAUGUCAAUACUUUUUUAAAUAUUAUGGAUGAUAUCACUAAUAAAAGAGAUCAAGAAUUUGCAUUGGGUGCAACUUCAAUUGCUGAUGCAUUAGGGAUUCUAAUAGCUGCUUUAAUUGGUCUUAAAUUAGAACCAACAUUAUGCAACCACCAAGUUAAUACUGGUAGAAAUUGGUGUACAUUGGAAUAG